GACCUCCCCGAGGAUCUGCUGUCGCGAAUUGUGGUGCACUGCCCUGCCCCCACGGCGCUGUCCUUUGCGCAAGCCGGUCGGGGUGUCCUCGCUGCUGCCAACACGGCGGCACAGCGGCUGUUCGCGCAGAUGUUUGGCCCCGAGAUUCCCAGCAGCCUGCAAAAAGCGGGAAGCGGCUGUCGCGGGAAGCUCUUCUUGCGCCUGGACCAGGGACGCUCGCAGGAGCCGAAGUUUGUGCAGGAGACCUUCGCCUGGGCAGCCGGGCAUGGCUACUGCAGCUUUUUGGCCUGCACCGCAGCUCGCAUCGAGCGGACGACCGAGCCCAGGGUGCUGGCCAAGCUGCUCAACGGGGGCAAGGAGCCUCCCUUGUGGCGGGCGGCGAAGCGGCAUCAGCCCGGCGCAGUGGCCCUCCUGUUGGAGAUGCGCGCCGAAGCCGACCGCAUCUUCUGCCGUGGCACCACCCCGCUCUUCUGGGCCGCGCGGCACGGCGACGUGGCCUCUGUCAGGCGGCUGCUGGAGCUGCGCGCCUCGCCGCUUGCGGCUAUGCGGCCAGAAGCGCAGCAGCAGGCGCCGGGCGGCCACCCGCGCCACCCAGGCGGAGAGUGCCCCUUGAGCGCGGUGCUGCAAGCGCCGGCGGCGGAG